GGUAACGGCGGCCGGGGCCUGGGCCUACGCCGGGGCCUGGGCCUGCGGCGGGACCGGGACCGGGACCGGUUUCGGGCCGCCCCGCGGCGCCCCAUGGCCUCUCGCGACAGAGAUGCCAUUUCCUGGUACCAGAAGAAGAUCGGGGCCUACGACCAGCAGAUAUGGGAGAAAUCCAUCGAGCAGACCGAGAUGAAGGGCCUCAAAAACAAACCUAAGAAGAAGGCUCACAUCCAGCCCGACCUGAUCGACGUGGAUUUGAUCCGCGGUUCAACGUUUGCCAAAGCCAAGCCUGAAAUCCCCUGGACAUCACUGACUCGGAAAGGGAUUGUGAGAGUUGUGUUUUUUCCAUUAUUCAGCCAGUGGUGGAUACAGGUUACUUCCCAGAGAAUUUUUAUGUGGCUCUUGGUGCUCUAUGUUAUGCAAGUCAUAGCAGUGGUGUUGUACUUCAUGAUGCCCGUGGUGAAUGCAAGUGAGGUCCUGGGCCCCCUGUGCCUGAUGCUGCUGAUGGGCACCGUGCACUGCCAGAUUGUGUCCACACAGAUCACCAGAACCUCAGCCAGCAACGGGCUCAGCCGGCGCCGGAGGAAGUUACGCAAAGCUGUGGGUGUUGAUGGGAGCAGCUGGUCUUCUCCUGACAAAAACAGUCAAGAAGAGCAGUCUGAAUCUGCAUCAGUUGUUAGCAGUGUGUUCAGUGCAUUUUUCCAGAGGAGAACUAGAAGAAUGAAGCUGGUAGCUGAGAAAGGGACUGAGACAGAAAAUGGUGUGACUGCUGUGAAUGCUGGCGUGACACAAAGACAUGCCAGGGCUGAACACAGGCUGCUGCACUUCAAAGAGAAAAAUAAACUUUCCAAUGGGGAAAAGAGCCAUCAGACUGACUGCACCAUCAGAGGGGGUGUCUCUGACGAGCUCUCCAGUGAGGAGGAAGCUGAAGCAGUGGCACAACGGGGCUUGUUACACCAGAAUGUGGAAGGGGCUUCCAGUGACAACAGCUAUGAAGAGAAGAGGAGGCCUCCUGUCUCUCUGAACCAGGCUGUCUCACAGGUCAAACAAACCCUGAAAGGUGCCAGAGACUCAGAUAGUGUUGUAGAAUCUGAACUGGAAUCCACACUCUAUGGUCAGAACUCCAGGUCCUGCAUCAGCCCAGGAUCCCGGAGCUGCAGCACCACCCGGAGGGACUCGGAGAGCACUCGCCAUGACUCAGAGACAGAGGACAUGUUGUGGGAUGAUCUCCUGCACGGCCCUGAGUGUCGUUCCUCCUGCACCAGUGACAGUGAGGACACAACUGCCAGAGGUGCCAGGCGGGAUGUGAAGGAAGAUGUGUUUCAGCAGAACCAUUUGUUGUGGCUGCAAAAUACGAGUCCAGCAUCUGCGAAAGUGAGUGCACUGAUCUGGGAAGGGAAUGAGUGCAAGAAGGUGGACAUGUCUGUGCUGGAGAUCAGUGGGAUUAUCAUGAGCAGGGUGAAUGCCUACCAGCAAGGAGUGGGGUAUCAGAUGCUGGGAAACGUCAUCACCAUUGCCUUGGCAUUCCUCCCAUUCCUCUACAGACUCUUCCGCACGGAUCACCUGGAACAGCUCUGCUCCAUCUCUCUAAUGGAGCUUCUGCACAUCUUCUGUGGGGCACCUGCCAGCACCCCUGUCAUUGUUCUGUCUGCCAUCAACUUCCUUGAAAGACUUUGCUUAACCUGGAUGUUUUUCUUCAUGAUGUGUGUUGCUGAGAAAACAUACAAACAGAGGUUUUUGUUUGCCAAGCUUUUUAGUCACAUCACAUCUGCUCGGAAAGCAAAGAAAUAUGAAAUUCCUCACUUCAGACUCAAGAAGGUAGAAAACAUCAAGAUCUGGUUAUCCCUUCGUUCCUAUCUGAAGCGGCGAGGCCCCCAGCGAUCCGUGGAUGUGGUCGUGUCAUCAGUCUUUUUACUGGCUCUUUCAAUAGCUUUUAUAUGCUGUGCCCAGGUUCUUAAGGGUCACAAAACAUUUCUGAAUGCAGCCUACAACUGGGAGUUCCUAAUCUGGGAGGCAGCACUUCUUCUCUUCUUACUACGUCUGGCAUCUUUGGGCUCUGAAACCAACAAGAAAUACAGCAAUAUUUCCAUCUUGCUCACUGAACAGAUAAACUUAUACCUAAAGAUGGAGAAGAAGCCAAACAAGAAAGAGCAGCUGUCUCUAGUAAACAAUGUUCUGAAGUUAUCUACAAAGCUGCUGAAGGAACUAGAUACUCCAUUUAGGCUGUAUGGCCUGACUAUGAAUCCAUUAAUCUACAAUAUAACACGUGUUGUAAUUCUCUCUGCUGUCUCAGGUGUCAUAAGUGAUCUUCUAGGAUUCAAUAUCAGAUUAUGGAAAAUCAAACCAUGAACUCACCAAACAUCAGCACUUUGUUGCCUCCACCACGAAUAGACCAGAGAAGAUAAGAAAUCUUGGGCAAAAAAAGCAGAGGUGCUCUCAAACUACAGAGAUCUGUAAUUACCAUUUUUGAAACAGAUUCUCAGUGCCCGUAUCAGACGUUCUUCUGCUUUGCUGCUCUACACCACACAGAACAAACUGGUCUAAUCAGUGCAGUCAUCCCAUGCCAUGCAAACCCAACAGGACAGAAUGAAGGAGCCCAAUGCACUGAGACUGCAGGAACUGUGUGGAGCCACAGCACAGCCCUGCUGGAGGGACACAAUGCUACCUGACCCCUCCUGGUGCAGCUGAGCAGGGUCCUUGUCAGAGAGCUCUGGAGCUACAAUGAAAUGAUUGUUUUGCAUCCCUCUUCUGAGCUCUGAAUGUGCUAAGAGUAUUUAUUUUCUUAGAAGCUGGAGGUGUGUGAGGCGUUGCCUCUAUCCUGAACCACUGCAGGGUGCAGAGACAUCAUCUGCACGAGGUGAAUUCUGCCAGUUCAGCAAUACCACAGAUCACUCUGGUUGGCUUAGAUUGGGUCUUCUGCAAAUGAAUGAAGAGCAUUUAGUGGAAAGGUGAGUAACCUGAGAACAACUGCAAGGCUGGUCUGUAAAUGCUGUGAAGCAUUUAUCAACCAGAGAACGUUUUGCUGUGUUUGUUCCCUGUGACAUCUCAGGUGUGCUCAGCCCAGGCUCUGUCCUGUCCUGGGGUCACUGGGACAGCAGCUUUGCUCCAGAUUCUGAGCAGCUGCUGCAGCCCCACACUGUGGCAGUGCCUUACACCGAGGGGAAGAGAGGGGGCAAAGGCUCUCUCACCCCAAAGAGAGGAAUCUUUAGAGAGGGCAUAGGAGAGGAACAAGAUGUUUUAAGGACAUCUGUUAAACUAAUAUUUUCCUUCACUGACUCUACUAUUACCUAUUUAUUAGUAAUUAAAAAAGCAAAAACUGA